AUGCCUGGCAGCCGUUUGAAGAAGCGAACAGGCAAAGAAGAAGAAAGCGAUAUUGACAGUGAAUCGACCGGGGUCGUUGGGACGUUUGAAACCCUACGUGAUGAAGGGGGACAUUUUAUGCAUGUUGGGCAAUACAAAAAAGCCAUUGAAAGUUUCACAAAGGCUUUAGAAAUGAAUGAAGGAGACAAACAUUGUCUUGUAAUGCAAUCCAAAUGCCAUCUGCAACUUGGAGAAGCCGAUGCUGCCUUGAAAGAUGCAGAAAUGGCACUCAGCCAAGAGAAAGACUUCAUUCCGGUCAGUAGACAUUCAAAUACCUCUUUAUAUUUACAAUCUAUCUAUCUAUCUAUCUAUCUAUCUAUCUAUCUAUCUAAGUCUGUUCAUUAUCUAUCCAUCUAUCUCUCUAUCUAUUUCUUUAUCUAUUUCACUACUUGUCUUGCUAUCUAUCUAUCUAUCUCAGUCUGUCCAUAUUUAUAUAUCUAUCUCAGUGUGUUCAUAUCUAUCUAUCUAUCUAUCUAUCUAUCUAUCUAUCUAUCUAUCUAUCUAUCUAUGUCACUCUGUUCAGAUCUAUGUCAUUCUAUCUAUCUAUCUAUCUAUCUAUCUAUCUAUGUCACUCUGUUCAGAUCUAUGUCAUUCUAUCUAUCUAUCUAUCUAUCUAUCUAUCUAUGUCACUCUGUUCAGAUCUAUGUCAUUCUAUCUAUCUAUCUAUCUAUCUAUCUAUCUAUCUAUCUAUCUAUCUAUCUAUCUAUCUAUGUCACUCUGUUCAGAUCUAUGUCAUUCUAUCUAUCUAUCUAUCUAUCUAUCUAUCUAUCUAUCUAUCUAUCUAUCUAUGUCACUCUGCUCUUUACCGAAAAGCCGAGGCUUUGUACCAACAAGGAGACUUUGAAACUGCACUUGUAUAUUAUCACCGUGGCAACAAACUACGUCCAGAAUUACCAGAUUUUCUUCUUGGCAUUAGCAAAGCACAAGAGGCAAUUAAUAACAGUAUUGGAAGUUAGUACAUUCAUUCAUUCAUUCAUUCAUAUCUAUCUAUCUAUCUAUCUAUCUAUCUAUCUAUCUAUCUAUCUCAGUCUGUUUCUAUCUAUCUAUCUCAUUCUGUUUCUAUCUAUCUAUCUAUCUAACUAUCUAUCUAUCUAUCUAUGUUUUACUUCCUAUCUAUCUAUCUAUCUAUCUAUCUAUCUAUCUAUCUAUGCCUUUCUGUCUGUCUGUCUAUCUAUCUAUCUAUCUAUCUAUCUAUCUCAGUCAGUUUCUAUCUAUCUAUCUAUCUAUGUUUUACUUCCUAUCUAUCUAUCUCAGUCUGCUUCUAUCUAUCUAUCUAUGUUUUACUGCCUAUCUAUCUAUCUAUCUAUCUAUCUAUCUAUCUAUCUAUCUAUCUCUGCCUUUCUGUGUAUCUAUCUAUCUAUCUAUCUCAGUCUGUUUCUAUCUAUCUAUCUAUCUAUCUCUGCCUUUUUGUGUAUCUAUCUAUCUCAGUCUGUUUGUAUCUAUCUAUCUAUCUAUCUAUCUAUCUAUCUAUAUUAUUUACAUUAUUCAAAUUAUUAUCCUCAUCUUCAUUGCUAUAUCACAAGCCCCAGUAUUCUUCACAUCUAUCUAUCUAUAUCAUUCUGUCCUAGUACUGUGAAAUUACAGGCCAAAGGUGACCUCUCCAUCUUUGAAAAACACCAAGAAGAGAAGAACAGAAAGCCUCAGAAGGAAGGUUAUCGGAAACCAUCCCAGAAGGUCGAAGAAAAAAAAGUCCGUCAGCGUCCAGUCACAAGUGGAAGCUCAAAGAUGAUGAAACAGCUUUUGGAAGAGCUUUAUGUCGAUAAGGAAUAUCUGGAGCAACUAUUGUCAGAUCGAACCUUGACUGGAAAUGAAAAUAACACCAGUGUAGAUAUACGCAAUUUGAUUAUGGAUGAAUUGGAAUAUAUCGACACCCGAGUUAACUUUUGGCAACGUCAGAAACCACUUUAUGCCCGAAAAAGGAGACCAAUUACUGUAAGAUCUGGGAACAAUGAAUGUCAGUCAAUCCUUAAUGAUUUAGAAGAAAUUGACAAUGAUCUUUUGCGAGGGAAUUACAGGAAGGCUUUAGAAAAAGCAAAGAAGACUUUGAAAACAGCAGAGAAUACUUCUGUAGCUAAAGUGCCUGAAAAGUUUCUUUUCAUGGCCAAUCUUCACAGUUGUCUUGGCAAUGCUUAUUUAGAACUGGAAGAAUUUGGCUGGGCUGAAAUGCAUCACAACAAAGACUUUGCCAUUUCAGAAACACACCACCAUGAUACUGGACGGGCCAUUGAUAACCUGGGACGCACUUAUGCUCGAAUGGGUGAAUACAGGAAAGCUAUAAAUAUAUGGGAGGGAAAAUUAAAUUCCAAAUUAAUGUCACUUGAAAAGACGUGGCUGUACCAUGAGAUUGGACGCUGUUACAUGGAACUGGGAGAAUAUGACCAAAGUCUUGAUUAUGGCCGCAUGUCAUUGUCAGUUGCUGAGGAAAUGAAUGAAAAAGACUGGAAAAUGAAUGCAUCUCUUCUCUGUGCACAGUCAUUAGUGAAUCAAAGACAAUCUAGUGAGGCUCUGUCAUAUUACCAGCAAGUGAUGGACAUUGCCAAGGAGCAGGGAAAAAAUGGCGUGGAACAAAGGAUGAAGAAGAUCAUAGAAGACUUGGAAGUCAGUGAAUUGGAGAAACAAGAAAAUGCAAGUGUGGAUCUUAGUCCAAGACCGGACAAUUCCAAUUUGGCCAAUGAAAAUGAAACAAACACUGAAAACAAGACUUUGGAAGAAGAAAAGCCAUUAUCAAAAACAGAAAAUGAAGACACUGACAAUAACUGA